UAAUACAAUGUUGUGAUGCUGUCUUGUUAUGCUAGGCUUCGAAAUGAAGUGUGUAUAAUUGUAUUAUUGUCACUACUGUGCUUUGAGCAUUGUUGUAAUGUUGACGUUUGGCAUCAAACUGGCCAGUCUUCCUCUGUAAAAUGUGACUGGCAGAUCGGCUGCACAUGCGUAGAUAUUUGCCUUUCCGGUUUGACAGCCAUUGCCUUCGAAAGUGGUGGCAAAAUGCAGAUUUUUGUAAAGACCCUCACGGGCAAGACAAUCACCCUUGAGGUGGAGCCCAGUGAUACUAUUGAAAAUGUCAAAGCAAAGAUUCAGGAUAAAGAGGGCAUUCCUCCUGACCAGCAGAGGUUGAUUUUUGCUGGCAAGCAGCUUGAGGAUGGUCGUACGUUGUCAGACUACAACAUUCAAAAGGAGUCUACCCUUCACUUGGUGUUGAGACUCCGUGGUGGUGGCAAGAAACGCAAGAAGAAGAAUUACACCACCCCCAAGAAAAACAAGCACAAGAAGAAGAAGGUCAAGCUUGCUGUGCUGAAAUAUUACAAAGUGGAUGAGAAUGGUAAAAUCACUCGUCUGCGCCGUGAGUGUCCCAACAAGUACUGCGGUGCUGGUGUGUUCAUGGCAUCCCACUUCGACAGACAAUACUGUGGCAAGUGCUGUCUGACAUAUGUUUUCAACAAGCCCGAGGAAGAAGCUGAGGCAUAGAAUGGGUGUUUAUUAAAUACAAAAAACCUGUA